AUGUUGGGGAAGAUUACAACAGAUCCACCUUACCUUACCAUCGAUAAUUUCGAGGACUGUCUGUCUUCUGAUGAUGUUCUGGUGCACUUCUUUAACGACUUCCUCAGUCUACCUUCGUUCCCUGAGUGUGUACAGUACAACCAGGAGACUGGUGUGUUUGAGGUGGUCAGUGAUGCAGCGGUGGCUCUGUCUAGGAGGAUCAGGUCAGCCCUGCAGUACUUUAAAUCACAACCUCUCACUGACCCAACAGAGCUGACUGCUAGACCAGUGGUGGACAACCACUACACUGUUCUGUGCUUGGACAGAGAACAGGGAGUGGAGUGGAUCCUAAAAGAAAGACUACCCUUGUUUAUUGAAAGUGACUGCUACUUCGAGUACAGGUUAGCGAAGCUGCUCUCUCAGUGGGGCCCACAGGGCUGGAACCAGACGAGGGAUGGUACCUCAGUCCAGCCCCCUGUCACCACAGAGCCUGUCUGUCCUUCCCCUGGGCCCGAUGACAGAGAGACCCUGAUGAAGGUCCUCUAUGUGUCACUGGGACAGGUCUCAGUAACAGACAUGUUGACAAUGGCUAAGGACAAGGACAAGCAGCUGCCUGUCUGUACCCAGUCUGUGAGAACCCCGGUGUGCUCCCUGGGCCGGGAGGGACAGAGGGGUCCGGCCUCAGCCUGCUUCUCCUGCAUCCCUGACUCGGAGUCCUAUGCCCUGUCCUCCUCACUCCUCGUCUCCUUUCCUCUCUGCUAUUCACUCCCGGACUGUCCUCUCUGCUCUUCACUUCUAGACUGGGACAAGAGACGGGGAGACCACAGCGCAGAGCAGGAGAUGAAAGUCUACCUCACAGAGACAGAGGCAAAGACAGAGAUAGAGGCAGGAACUACAGAUGAGGUUAAUGGGGACCCCAAGCCCCAGAGUCCCGUCUGUUCUACCACUGAUGAUGAGACGGUUGGUCCCCACACUGAGAGCCCCUUUGAGGGAGGUCCAGCCACCAGCCACAGCAGACUGAAGGAGCAGCAGGAGGAGGGUGACCUUGAGUUCCAUGACCUUGAGUUCUAUGAUGUCACUGCUAGUAUCCAUGGUGAUAGACAGGGCCUUGGUGACUUUAAGGACUUCUUAAAGGGAACACUAGGAGAGAAGCUUUUGCGUCUGUGGAUGGAUAUAGAGAGACUGAAGACCCUACAGGACGACAGGAGGAGAAUCAGGCAUUUGGUCCAGAUGCGAAGCUGCUACCUGCUGACCGGUGGCCAGAGCAGUCUGAAUGGUGAGCUGUUGACCAGACUGGGUCUCUCUACCUCCCCCUGCUGGAGAGAGGACAGACUGCAGAGAGUUCAGCCCCACGUCACUGAGGCACUGCUCUGCUACUGGGGUCCCAGGUUCAGGAUGAGCCGGAGAGCAGUAGAUCCUCUCAGACUGUCACUGCGGAGGAACGGACAGCUACACCCUCCCUCUGGUGUGAACCCUAACCCUCGUUACAUCAACCUCCACCCCCUCCGGCCUCACACCUCUAUCCCUCGACCUACCAUCCGCCCAGACACCUCUCUACCCAGAGGCAGGACCCCCACACCAGCUCACACACAGACAGGUUAUGCCAGCAGCAGUCCUGUUGUAGCGCCCUGGAGGAUGGAGAGGAUGUUACAGGCUCUAUGUGUGGACUCACAGGCCGGGUUCUACUUCACACGCUACUGUGAACGCUCUGGAAACCCGCUGUGGGAGAAUGCCGUCCACUGCUGGAGUGAUCUGCAGCAGUACCACCAGCUCUUCUACCAAGAUGGACUGGAUCCCUACAGGGUACAGAGACAGGCUCAUUUGCUGUAUUCAACAUACGUGUGCAGUGCUGCCUGUAGUAGCAUUGGGGUGGAGGAGGAGAGCAGAGAGAGGGUGUACACCGGUCUCACUCCCCCGUUUGAGGAGCUGUUUGACUGGGUGGAGGAACACACUCUGACUCUCCUCCUGGAGCCCUGGACGCUGCUCACCACCAGGGACACAGACACCUUCCAGAAGGUGGCUGUACGGGAGGAGACUCGCCAGGUGGAGUCAGAGCCGUACGGAGAACUGAAGACGCUGUACGAGGAGGCUGUACACAGACUGGAACAGCAUGCUGUGGCCCAGGCCUGCAGGCCCCCUCCUCCACCACUAGAGGUCGCCAGGUCUCCAGCUAUGUGGUCUGCCGUCCCAGAGAGGUACAGAGGGUACAGGUUGGGCUCUCUGCUAGGACACCGCACGGAGCUACAACACUUCACAUCCUUCCUACAGGACCACACCGCCAGUAUACACCUGGCUUGCUGGCAGGACAUAGAGAAUUACAGGAGAAUCCCCCAUAAAGACAAGGCCCAGAGAGAGGACAAGUCCAGACUCAUUAAGGACAAAUACCUCAAUAGGAAAUACUUCUUUGGGCCUGACAGUCCUGCCACCAGACAACAACAGGAGGAGGUGAUGCAUCUGGCUGGUGGCUGGGGGAGACUGCUCCAUGACCGUCUGUGUGCUCCUGUCCUGGUGGACAUUCAGAGCAUCAUCAGGAGCCACAUAGAAACAAGAUGGCUGCCUGUCUUCCUGACGACGCCGGAGUUCAAUGAGAGACAGCAGCAGAGAGUCAGGCCUCGGGGUGAAGACCGGGUGUCCGACCAUGUCUACCAGCGACACAGGAACAAGAGAGAGGUGUGGAAGGUAUCUCUGGUCCUCUGUCAAUCUUUUGAACGUCAUAGAGCAACGCUGGGAAAACUUUUUUCACAUCGAGAUUAUCGUACAGAUUGUAUUUGGGAAGCCAUUUUGUUUGUGUGUUUAACCGCUCCUCUCCUGCAGCAGGUCAAGGGGACGUGGAUGACCUCUGCAGGGGAGAUCCUGGCUGUCCGGAGGGCCCUGCUCAACCCCGUCACGUGUCAUCAGUUCCGGCGCUUCGUCUCGCUGAAGGGAGACUUCCUGGAGAAUGACAUCCUGUUCUGGCUGGAGGUCCAGAGGUAUAAGGAUCUGUGUCAUUCCCACUGUGUGGAGGCUGUAGUCCAGGACAAGGUGUCCACCAUCAUCAGCUGUUUCAUCCAGUCCUCCGUCCCCCCAGCUCUGCAGAUAGACAUCCCCCCAGAGCAGGCAACACACAUCCUGGAGAGGAGGAGGGAGAUGGGGCCCUACGUCUUCAGAGAGGCUCAGAUGUGUGUGUUCAGUGAGCUACUGAAGCUGUGGCCAGAGUUCCUGUCGUUCAGCAGCGGUGUGCAGGAGGAGGAGGUGUUGCCGCUGAACAAACAGAGUGCUAAACUGCAGCGUCGCAGGAGGAGAGAGGAGGAAAAGGAAGUUGAGAGGAGAGCCCAGGAGGAAGUGGAGAGGUUUCCAGAGGAGCAUGAGGAGAAACACAAAGGACUACAGGAGAGCAGAGAGCUGCUUUACCCAAGUCAACAGUUGUCUUGGUCCUACUCUAAAUACAUGGUCGCCCUGGAGAGAGAGGAGGUGCUGCUGAGGAGACAGGAAGUCACCUCCUCCACUGGGACAGACUCGUCCUCUGCCCACAGUCUGAGGUCAAAGAGCAGCAGACACUCCCGACAGAGCCAACACCAGACCCAGCAGAGGACAGAGCCAACACCAGGACAGAGCCAACACCAGACUCUGCAGAGGACAGAGCCAACACCAGGACAGAGCCAACACCAGACCCUGCAGAGGACAGAGCCAACACCAGGACAGAGCCAACACCAGACCCAGCAGAGCUCUAUCGUCUCCCCCAGGACAGAGCCAACACCAGGCCCAGCAGAGCUCUAUCGUCUCCCCCAGGACAGAGCCAACACCAGACCCAGCAGAGUUCUAACGUCUCCCCCAGGACAGAGCCAACACCAGGCCCAGCAGAGUUCUAACGUCUCCCCCAGGACAGAGCCAACAAACCCAGCAGAGUUCUAACGUCUCCCCCAGGACAGAGCCAACACCAGGCCCAGCUGAGCUCUAUCAUCUCCCCCAGGACAGAGCCAACACCAGGCCCAGCAGAGCUCUAUCGUCUCCCCCAGGACAGAGCCAACACCAGGACAGAGCCAACACCAGGCCCAGCAGAGCUCUAUCGUCUCCCCCAGGACAGAGCCAACACCAGACCCAGCAGAGCUCUAUCGUCUCCCCCAGGACAGAGCCAACACGAGGCCCAGCAGAGCUCUAUCGUCUCCCCCAGGACAGAGCCAACACCAGGCCCAGCAGAGCUCUAUCGUCUCCCCAGGACAGAGCCAACACCAGGCCCAGCUGAGCUCUAACGUCUCCCCCAGGACAGAGCCAACACCAGGCCCAGCAGAGCUCUAUCGUCUCCCCCAGGACAGAGCCAACACCAGGCCCAGCAGAGCUCUAUCGUCUCCCCCAGGACAGAGCCAACACCAGACCCAGCAGAGCUCUAUCGUCUCCCCCAGGACAGAGCCAACACGAGGCCCAGCAGAGCUCUAUCGUCUCCCCCAGGACAGAGCCAACACCAGGCCC